AUGAAAACUUUAUGGGCAUUUUUGAUAUUGUUGGGAGCGGUUUGCGGAACCGAAAUGAGAAUCCCACUGUUUGUGCAAAAACCGGGUCGUGAACAGCGUUCUCCGCUAGCCACUGUGGUUUAUGACAACGAGUCGAAUUUUUUGGAAGUUACAGAUGUCAUUGACUCGCUCCAGGAGGAUGCAUAUUGUGUGGGGGCACAAAUGGCGGAAAAUUACUAUUCGUGUUUUUCUUUUAUCAAGCUAAAGUAUCCACUGCAUUACGAUCUCUUUCUGGAUACAAAAAGCGACUCGCAUCUGCUUUACAAACUGUCUCUCAAACCAAAUCCGCACGUUUCUGGGAUUGUAGGAACAAUUAGAAAUGUCCAGGAGGGACCAGAAGUGAAUUCGGUGAAACUACGCAGGGUCACGAAAACGUACGAGGACAAGAAAAAGAACGCUCAGUUGGGCUCUUCGAGUGCCUCUUUCCAGGAAGACGUGGAAAUCGAUGACCGCACAUUCUUACAGAAAAACUGGAAAUACUUACUCAUCGGACUUGUACUUUACGCUGUUUCUACCGCUGGAGGAAGUGGUCAGCAGUAA